AUGCCUGGUAGAAGAAACCAAGGCAGAGGCGGUCGAGGUGGCCGUGGAGGAAGAUCUGCGCAGCAGACUGGUCGAGGGUCUCAUGGCAAGAAGGCCGACAGACCGAAGCAAUACCAUCCUCACAAUCCUGACUUCACUCACGAGCAGGUAACAAUAUAUUUGCUUGAGGCCAUCGCGCUCAAGAGCUUGGACUACGCUCAAGAUAUGAUCUGGAGUAUGAGAAAUAUGGCCCAUGUGGACUUUGAGGCUUUAAGAGGCACUCAAACGGUCUACAAGCCGGGAAAGAACGACUCCGAGUUCUUCAAAAGUUCGAGACAGGCUCAACUUGAUAGGAACUGGGAAAACCUAAAUGUCAAGAUUGACAAAAGAGAAGUGAUCUACACCACGAACCAAUAUACCGUGGCUGCGAUCAUCACCAAGCAUUUCAUCACUCAAGCGAUGAGAGAUAAGUUAAGCAAUGAAAGUGAUUGGUUGGACCUCAAGGAAGACCAUGUGAUGCUUCUGAAGCGUAUCAAGACGUUCAUGACCAUCACAGACAAGACCGAGUGGCAACACUUUGGACUCAUGGAAUCUCUCAAGAGAUUCAUGAACUGCACUCAGAAGCAAAAUGAGUCUGUGAACGAUUACAGAAGGCGGUUCGAAGCUCAAGCUGACCAAGUAUUCGAAAUCCUUGGUACAGAUGUGUUGCAUGUCUAUGCGACCAAAACAAUGGGAUACCUGGAUCUGGACGAUAAGUUUCUACAGCAUCCUUGA